UCCCUCCGCUCGGCCAUGGCACCCCCUCCGGCGCGCCGGUCCCCGAUGUCGCCGCCGCUGCCGCCGCUGCUGGCGCUGCUGCUGCUGAGCCUCGCGCUGCUGGGCUCCGGGGCGCGCGCCGAGCCCGCCGCUGGGAGCGUCGUCCCCGCGCAGAGCCGCCCGUGCGUCGACUGCCAUGCGUUCGAGUUCAUGCAGCGCGCCCUGCAGGACCUGCGGAGGACGGCCUGCAGCCUGGACGCGCGGACAGACGCCCUCCUGCUGCAGGCCGAGCGCCGGGCCCUGUGUGCCUGCUGGCCGGCUGGGCGCUGA